AACCAUUAUAGUUGUUUUUCUUAGAAUCGUAUCACCUGACAGUGUAAAUUUCAGUGUUCGUGAUGUACCUGUACUCUUUAUAUUAAUGUAAUCUCAUUACCUAGUUAUAAGACGUGCUCAUUGAGAUCGUUGUCCUCCUUUUUUUCUCCACAUUGAUUUUUUAUUUCAGGUUAUUAUCGACCUGUCAAGAAGACAUUUUUCGUCAAGCUGUGCACGCAAAAUUCGCAAAAUAGGAGACGAAAACCCUUUUAAGUUUUCAAAUUUCAUAUCAAAUCUGCCACCAAUAGGUGGUAGAGUGAUGCCGCGCUGCAGCAAGCGGACGCGCGGCGCGGUGACGGGUGACGUGGGCGUGCCCGGGGCCACCGCGAUCGACGCCCAGCAACAUAAGCGCUCACGCAACACCAGUUCACGACGACAUUCCAAAGCAGAGGACUCCAGUUUUAGUGCAAAGAAAUGUUUAGCAUGGUUCAAAGAGUACACCACAGUCUCAGAGCCAGAUGUAUUAGGGCCUGAAGGAAUGGAGAAAUUCUGCGAAGACAUAGGAGUGGACCCGGAGAAUGUUGUGAUGCUGGUCAUCGCUUACAAAAUGGGUGCCAAACAAAUGGGUUACUUCACCCAAGAGGAGUGGCUUAAAGGCUUAACGGAGCUGCAGUGUGACAGCGUCCACAAGCUUCAGAUGAAACUUGACUACCUCAAGAGCUUACUUAACGACCCCUACAUAUUUAAGGCUGUAUACAGAUAUUCUUAUGAUUUUGCUAGGGAUAAAGAGCAGCGUUCACUGGACACGGCGACGGCGCGCGCGCUGCUCGGCGUGCUGCUCCCGCGCUGGGCGCUGCGGCCCGCGCUCAACGACUUCCUGCAGCGCGAGGGCGCGCGCCGCUACCGCGUCGUCAACCGCGACCAGUGGUGCAACAUACUCGAGUUCAGCCGCACCGUCGACAACCAGCUGCAGCACUACGACGCCGACGGUGCAUGGCCAGUAAUGUUGGACGAAUUUGUGGAGUGGCUACGUGCAGAGCGGGCAGAGCGGGCUGGCGGCAGCUGAGCGCACACGAGCGUUGCUGCACUCGUGAAAAUGAUCACAUGCACUGUAAGUUUACUGAUGAGAGCGAUGUAAUACUUGUAAUUGAGUAUUUAGAGAGAAUAUUGUGUCGAAAAAAAUUAAGGUGUAUGUUUUUAGUAAUAUAAAGUAACUAAACUCUAAACGAAUGUUUGUAUUAUUAUAUAAUACCGGCUGUACACACACGUCGAAAGCCUAUCGGAGAAGGGCUGGACGAGACAAGAAGGGCAGUAUGUGUAGUAUAAACCUUCUCAAAUGA